GUCACGUGUCGCGGCCUGCAUGUCGUCACGUGAUGCCCGUAGUAUCUGCCCGACAGCACUGACGCAGUGGACACUCACACGAAGCACUCCCGACCUGCUCUCGAGGUCGUCCAAAGAUCAUAUUGACAGUUUCAGAAUCCGCUCUCACGGAACAUGUUAUUGUUUCAUCUAUAAAUAGCUCGGUGUGUUUAUCUUCCGGCUAAUCUUUAAUCACAACCUAACGGAGACAAGCACAAGAUGUACGGACACAUCCACUGUGUGAUCAAAGACCUGGUGACGUCAAAGUUCGGACAGGAGAUGUGGGAGAUGAUUCUGAAGGACGCUGGGAUGGAAGAACGAGAACACCUCAUGCUCUUCUACCACUACGAUGACGCAAUGACCUUCACCUUGGUGGCAUCGGCAAGUAAAUGUCUAAAUCUACCAGCCGAGACGGUUCUAGAAGUAUUCGGCGACUACUUCCUGGUCCACUGCCUGAGGUACGGCUAUGACGACAUGCUGAGGACCCUGGGGUCAGACAUCACCAGCUUCAUCCAGAACCUUGACUCCCUCCACUCCCUGCUAGCCUUGACCUACGACAAAAUCGUCGCUCCCUCCUUCCGGUGUGAGAACAACCCAGACGACUCGCUGACCCUCCACUACUACAGUACGCGGACAGGGCUCCACCCCCUGGUCAGAGGGGUGGUCCGAGCAGUGGCCAGGGAAAUCUUCGAGCAGGAAGUGGACAUCACGCUGCUGAGCCGACAGAUGGAGCAGCUGGACGCCGAGCGCACCCAGGAACACAGCGUCUUCCGUGUGGUCAUCCUCAAGAGCAAGGAGGUCAGGGAGGAGCCCGAGGGCCUGGAGCACGAGUGCAGGGAGGUCGAGGGCUUCAACGAGAGUCAGCUCGCCCCUGUUGUACUGACCAAGACCCAGUUCAUCUCCACCUUCCCCUAUCACCUGAUCUUCGACGAGAAUCUCCGCCUCUGCCAAUAUGGCGUCAGCGUGGGCAAGUUGUCUCCCAUCCCCCUGCGUGAGGGGAUGCUCAUGACGUCAGCGUUUCGUGUGGUCUACCCCCGAAUGACGUUUUCUGUGCAGAACAUCAAGAGGUUCAUCAACACCAUCUUCGUCAUCGCCAUCGAGGCCAGUCAUCAGAGCGAUGACGAGAACUUCUUCAGCAUGAAAGGUCAGAUGAUCUGGAUGGAGUCCAACAAGCUGAUGAUCUUCAUCGGCUCGCCUCGUCUGACGUCACUGAAGGAGAUGAAGCGGAUGAACGUGUACAUGGCCGACAUCCCGCUCUAUGACGUCACCAGGGAGAUGGUGCUGCUCUACCAGCAGAGGAACGCUGAGAUCGACAUCACUAAGAAACUUGACGAGACGACAGCCGAGCUGAAGCGGACGUCCAAGGAGUUAGAGUUUGAGAAGCAGAAAACAGACAGACUUCUGUACCAGAUGUUACCGGAGAAGGUGGCCAUUCAGCUGAAAAAUGGGCAGAAGGUUGAGGCAGAAAAGUUUGACCAGGUGACCAUCCUGUUUAGCGACAUCGUGACCUUCACCAACAUCGCCGCGGCCUGCUCGCCCCUGGAUGUGGUCAACAUGCUCAACGACAUGUACCACAGGUUCGACCUCAAGACCACAGUACACGGGGUCUACAAGGUGGAGACGAUUGGUGACGCCUACAUGGUGGUCAGCGGCGUGCCCGAGAAGACGGACGUCCACGCCCAGCCCGUGGCCAACUUUGCCCUGGACAUGGUGGAGCAGGCAGCCUGCGUCCUGUCACCUGCCACAGGGAAACCUCUGCAGAUUCGUGUGGGCCUCCACUCCGGGCCGGUGGUGGCGGGCGUGGUGGGCCUGAAGAUGCCCCGCUACUGCCUGUUUGGGGACACGGUCAACACGGCCUCUAGGAUGGAGAGUCACGGGAUCCCGGGCAGGAUCCACCUCAGCCCCACUACAUACAAGGCGCUUGAAGGUGAAGGUUAUCUGUGCAAGGCUCGGGGUCAGACUGAGAUCAAAGGGAAAGGCAUAAUGCAGACCUACUUUCUGAUUGGUAACUCCAGUCACGUGAUCUCUGAGCCACAGGACGAGUACACUGGGUUACCUUUUCUUACAGAAGAACAAGGUAAAGGCGGUCAGCAGCAGACGACCAAUGGAGCAGACGACACUUCUAAGGCAGCGACCAAUGACGUCACGACCAAAACUAAACUUGUCACCUUCAGUGCUGAAACCGACCUUGACCCUCAACAUCCACCGACCUCUGACCUUUCAGUGACCUCCGUCCAAUCCCCGACCGUGACCCUGCAAGACGUGUCAGCUCGGAUACCACGUGACUCAAGUCAUGGGUGCUGUUUCAACCAAUCGGAUACGUGCUCGGUCAGCUCAGAACUAGGUCAACAAAACAGUCGAACGUGCCAGAUUUUGUAAAAUAUAGUUGGGCUUACCUGGCCACUGUUGCCAGAAUAGGGCUUGUAAGUUUACGGUCUCGACAUCUACUAGCUGGCAAGUACGAGAACUAGAAGUUGUGACCUACUUGCAAGCCCUAUUCAUGUCGAUGUUUCCAUUUUGUCUUUGAUGGCCAGCUAGUUUGAUGGCCAGCUAGUUUGAUGGCCAUAUGGCGACAUCAUGGGUUACCCACACCUACUACCUACACCACAGCACAUAGGCAAUGUGACACAACUACCCGGUUAGAUACUACACGACUGUGUUCUGUAGCUUCAAGUCUUAUAUAUGUGUUCUUGACAUUAGCUGUUCAUAUUUUUAAAUCUAGCGGCUUAAGUAAACCUUCCACUACCUGCAUACUAAGAAAUGCGCAAGAAAAGUGUGAAUUAUAUCAUUAAUGACGUCACACCUUUUGUAUGUUUUGUAUUUUGAAUGAGCCAAAAAUAAGAAAAAACGAUAGAAUGAUGUUUUUAUGUGAACUGUUGCUUUGUUAGAGUGUUAGUGAUGGGUGAGAAAGGGACAUGGAUCAGAAUGUCGGUGUCUGUCGCUCCAUACAGUGUGUCGCUCUAUCGGUUAGUGGAGGGAGAGACAUGGGUCAAAAUGUCGGUGUCGUGUAGGUCCACACAGUGUGUCGUGUAGGUCCACACAGUGUGUCGUGUAGGUCCACACAGUGUGUCGUGUAGGUCCACACAGUGUGUCGUGUAGGUCCACACAGUGUGUCGUGUAGGUCCACACAGUGUGUCGUGUAGGUCCACACAGUGUGUCGUGUAGGUCCACACAGUGUGUCGCUCUACCAGUAGUUCGCCCAGGCGUGUGUCGUCUAGCUACCCCCAGAUACUCCAUUUUUUUUUACGAUAGCCAAUUUCUUCUGUACAUGUUUUGAAUUGCCUUAUUUAUUUUAUUGUAUGAAU